GCGGGACAGGGGGAACGGGAGCCCUCCCUGCACCGGCGGGGAGUGGCGGGGGGCGGCAGCCGAGAGGCGGCACCUGGAUCCUUCCUCCGUCUCCAUCACUCCGCGGCUGCCGAGGAACGGUCGAGCGGAACGGAGAGGGGUCUUUACUACUAUGCUGACUCACCCAAAAUGUCCAUAGAAGAAUAAUGGAAGCCCCUGAAUACCUUGAUUUGGAUGAAAUAGAUUUUAGUGAUGAUAUAUCGUAUUCCGUAACUUCUCUCAAGACCAUUCCAGAAUUGUGUAGAAGGUGUGAUUCACAAAAUGAAGACAGAUCAGUUUCCAGCAGCAGCUGGAACUGUGGAGUCUCAACUCUUAUUGGAAAUGCGCAGAAACCAUCAGGAAUUGCAGAUGUGUGCAAUAAAUUCAGACCAGUGAAGAGGGUUUCGCCAUUAAAGCAUCAGCCAGAAAGCUCUGAGAACAAUGAAAUCGAUGACCACAAGAACCAGAAGGGAGAAUAUCAGAAAGGUAGUGAUUCUCAAUCUGCACCUCCAAAUGAUGACCAGAGUCCAGGAGAAGAAGAGAGCCUUAAAAGCAAAAACAUUGAGCCUGCUGUUAUGCUUGGGGAGCUGGAGCACUAUGACCUGGAUAUGGAUGAAAUUUUGGAUGUGCCUUAUAUUAAAUCAAGCCAGCAACUUGUUCCUUUUACAAAGGUAGUUCCUGAGAAAAAACUUUUGGGUGUGUCUUCAACAGUGAAUGGUCUUAGCAGCAAGACCUGCUCUGCAGGGAACACGGAGAGCUCGCCUGCUAACAGCAUGCAGUUCUAUGUGCUGUCUCCUGUGAAAGGCUCUCAGCUGAGAAAAACACAGCCUAUUGUCCUUGAUCAGCACAAGCAUUUAACAGAAGAAUUAGAGCUUUCCCAGCCUUUAGUGAAGUGUAGCUCAAUCCAUGAAUCCGAAGCCCAGGGUAAGGGCUUCCUCAGCAGGACAUUUGUUGAUCCUCAUGCUCACAAAACUGAGAAGACUAUGCCAAACUGCCAUCUGAGGACUUUCCACCUGCAGACAGCAGUGGCAGAAAACAAGCAGCUAGAGGAACUGAGUAUGAACUGGAACAGUGUAGGGGGCCCAGAAGAGAGGAGUGAAGAGGGAAAAAAAAUUAAGAGCAUCUUAAAUAUUGUAAAGGAAGGCCAAAUAUCUUUACUGCCACAUUUAGCUGCAGAUAAUCUGGAUAAGAUCCAUGAUGAGUGUGACAACAACCUGUUACAUGUAGCAGCAUCAAAGGGACAUGCAGAAUGCCUGCAGCAUCUCACUUCUUUGAUGGGUGAAGAUUGUUUGAAUGAACGAAACAUUGAGCAGCUAACUCCAGCUGGAUUAGCAAUAAAGAAUGGCCAGCUGGAGUGUGUUCGAUGGAUGGUCAGCGAAACAGAAGCUAUUGCAGAAUUAAGUUGCUCAAAAGACCACCCAAGCCUUAUUCAUUAUGCAGGUUGCUAUGGCCAGGAGAAAAUCCUUCUGUGGCUUCUUCAGUUCAUGCAAGAACAGGGCAUUUCACUGGAUGAAGUCGACCAGGAUGGAAAUACUGCUGUUCACAUAGCUGCUCAACAUGGCUAUCUAGGAUGCAUACAGACAUUGGUUGAAUAUGGAGCAAAUGUCACCAUGCAAAAUCAUGUGGGAGAGAAACCCUCACAAAGUGCUGAACGACAUGGGCACACCAUGUGUUCCCGCUACUUGGUAGUUGUGGAGACGUGUAUGUCAUUGGCCUCUCAGGUGGUCAAGCUAACUAAGCAGCUGAAGGAGCAGACAGUGGAACGUGUUACAUUACAGAACCAACUCCAGCAGCUUUUAGAAGCCCAGCGGCCAGAGGGCAAGUCACUGCCCACGUCCCCAAGCUUACCAUCAUCUCCUGCUUCUGGCAAACCCCCAUGGAAACCGUCUGAAGCAGAUGACUUGUCUCCACCGAAAAGUAAAUUAAAUACCCAAGAUGGGAUUCAUAUUCUUGGCAGCUUGGGAACUUCUAGUCGCACUCGAGCCAAGACAAAAGAUGAAGACUCAGAUAAAAUCUUGCGCCAGUUGUUAGGGAAGGAAAUCUCUGAAAAUGUCUGUACACAGGAAAAGCUGACUUUGGAAUUUCAGGAUGCUCAUGCAUCCUCCAAGAACGUGAAGAAGAUUUUGCCAGAGAAGAGGGAGCUGAAGUUAGCCAGACUGAGGCAACUGAUGCAGAGGUCACUUAGUGAGUCUGAUACAGACUCAGCUAAUUCUGAGGACCACAAGAACACCCCUAUGAAAAGAACUGACAAACCAAGGCCUCAGCCCAUAGUGGAGAGUGUUGAGAGCGCAGAGAGUUUGCACCUGAUGAUUAAGAAACAUACUUCCGGAGGAGGACGCCGCUUCCCUUUUGGUAUCAGGGUCUCCAAGUCUGUGGAUGGACACAGUCCUUCCCCUACUUCAGAGAACAGUGAUCCGGACAAUGAAGCCCCUUAUCAGCCUGGUACUGUACCUCAGAGCCAGUUUUGUGGAGAUAACUCUCCAUCCAGCAUGGAGGCUGCUCAAAAGGUUGCCACCAGCCCUAAGAGUGCUCUCAAGUCUCCAUCUUCAAAGCGCAGAACCUCCCAAAACUUGAAACUCCGAGUAACUUUUGAGGAGCCUGUAGUGCAGGUGGAGCUAGCAGAACCAGAACUAAAUGAGGAAAAGGAUAAGGAGCGGGGCAAAGGACUUGUGCGGUCUCCACCUGCUUCUGGUGAGACAGCAGGGGAUCAGCUAAAAAGGCCUUUUGGAACCUUUCGGUCCAUAAUGGAGACACUGAGUGGCAACCAAAAUAACAACAACAACUGUCAAACAGCUAACCUGAUCAAAACCUCAUCUACACUGCCUUUUGCCUCAUUAGGAAGGAAGACAGCAGACAGCAAGGGAAAUCCAGCAGCUCUCACAAAAGGAAGAAACAAGCCAGGUCCUUACUUCAGCUACACCAAUCUUUCCUGUAGCAUGCUGAAUGAAGAACUUCUGUGUAACUAUGCUUGGCAUGAUGACAUCAAUGGGAAAAGCGAGAAACUGAACAGUCAAAAGAUUACUGAAGAGCCAGAGCUGCAGGAAUUUUUCCUCUAAACCACAUCUCAACAUGUCUCACUUUGUUUGAAAUAUAUCCUUUUUGAAAAACUAAUAUGAGACAUGUCCCUCACCAGCAAAACAGCAGCUGUUAGGAUGCCUUAAUUUGUAGCAGUUAGACCAUAUACAAAACUUUUUUAUGAUAUAUGUGUAUAUCUAACUUGUUUGUAAGCUGUGCUGUGUAAAGGCAUGGGUGAGCAAAAGUAACAAUUUGAAAAUUGUUAUGACACAGGCAACCUCCAAAAUGUUUGUUGGGCCACAGAACACAUUUUGUACUUUGUGUCUUGCAUGGGUAUAUUGUCAUAUAUCUUUAUUCCCCUUUGUCAAUGGCAUAUACUGUCAAAGUUUCAGCCAGGACUCUGCCUGCUCAGCUUCUCAGUGAGACCAAGGCAAAAGCAUUGAUUUUUUGAGUAUGUUUUGUCUGUUGUUAUUUCUAUUUUUUGUAAAAAGGAAAUAAAGAUGAUGUUAAUAGGA